AGCCUCAGAGUCAGGAUCUAGGAUGCCAGAGAAAGGAUGGAGAGCAAUCCCCACAAAUCCUGGGGCUUUGUAUAAAGGCAACGGCUAAGAAGGAAGAAAUAGCAAAGCCUUGCCACCACUGUUGAGUCUGGGUACCAUCCUAAGAAUGUCCUAUUUCAAUAAUUGGAAGAGCACCCAAAUGAGCCAGAGCUUGAUGUCACAUGACAGCAUCAGGAUUCCUCAUGAGAAGAAAAAGGAGAACAAAAAUCAUGAAGAUCUUCCAGAAGGCCAUCACUCACCCCAUGGUCAGAUGCUGCAGGAUGUGGAGGGUGUCUGGAGUGCUGGCAGCAAGACUAAGGAGGUGGGAGAAGAUGGGGCUGCAGAGGAAGGACCUUUGCUCAGCAAAAUAGAGCCACGCAAAGAUGUGAAAGACUGGAGGCUGCCGACCUCUCUGGGAGCUGUGAACCCGCCUCUCAUCUCCUCAGGUCUGAGUGAGAGCAAGGCUGCCGGACGAAGCUGUGAAUUAUCCCCCCCAAUAACAAAGAGCUUCCGAAUAUACGACAUGAGUCCUCUUUCUUCUCCUAACCUGUUGCAGACUGAGAAGAUGUGUCCCUACAGAAGGGCACGUAUGGCCCGUCUGCCCCAGCAGGGCCCUUUCCGGCACCUCAUGGACAUGAAGGCGGAGAAGAGACUGGCAGGCUGGAAGGAACGCCGUAGCCGCUUUGGUGACAUCAGCACGCAUAAGUGCUACCAGUUUGGACAGAUCUUCUCUCCUUUCCAGGCUCUGGCCACCACGGAGAUGCGAAGGCUGGUGUUACCCCGAGACCUGCCCAUGAGUUCUCGAAUGCAGAGACUAAGUACUUCCUCCUUCAGUGACAUGAAUCUCCAGGAUUUACCCCUCUCUCCCACAGAGCUGAGCUUGGGAAAGGAUGACAGCCAUCAUGAAAAAGAGAAAUCAGUGAGCCACAUUAAAACACCUUUAUUCCCCCCAAUAUUUAAAGCAACAAAGUAUAAUGACAUGAAAUAAAAUUGCAAAAAAACUACA